GACGCCACUUCCGCCGCCCGACGCCGCUUCCGCUCUGCCUGCGCUGGGGCCGACGCGCGCCCGACCGACGCCGGAGCCUCCGGGGCCGGCCCGCAGCGGGCACCAAGCAUGAGCGAAGGAUCCAUGAGCAAGGCAGCCACCAUGGAGAUCGCCAUCCACGGCAACGGAGACUCCAGGCGCCUGGCGGAUGACGACGGCUUGGAGCAGGACCUGCAGCAAGUGAUGGUGUCGGGGCCCAACUUGAACGAGACCAGCAUUGUCUCUGGAGGUUAUGGGGGAACGGCUGAGGGCAUCGUCCCCACCAGUAUCAUCAAAGGCUCCCUCAUUCCAUCUCACCCUCCCCGAGGACCACUCAUCUCCCCAAGCCCUUCAGCUGCCAGCCGCAUAGCCAGCCAGGCUCCCAUGGCUACAGGCUCCAACUUGCAUCAGCCCCACCCCAACCCAGCCAUGACGGGGGAGGAGGCAGCGGCGGCGGCUGCCACACGAGGAGUGGCCGUGGAGAAGUUUGACAUUGUCAGGAAAUGGGGCAUCAACACUUACAAAUGCACCAAGCAGCUUCUGUCAGAGCGCUUUGGGCGCGGCUCGCGGACCAUCGACCUGGAACUGGAGACCCAGAUUGAGCUGCUGCGCGACACCAAGCGCAAGUAUGAGUCCCUGCUGGGCCUGGCACGGGCCCUCACCAACCACUUCUACAGCCUCGUCCAGACACAGCAUGCCCUGGCGGACGCCUUCUCAGACCUCAGCCAGAAGUCCCCGGAGCUGCAGGAGGAGUUCGGCUACAACGCUGAGACUCAGAAGCUGCUGUGCAAGAAUGGAGAGACCCUGCUGGGAGCUGUCAACUUCUUUGUCUCCAGCAUCAACACCCUCGUCAACAAAACCAUGGAGGACACCCUCAUGACCGUCAAGCAGUACGAGACGGCCAGGCUGGAGUAUGACGCUUACCGCACAGACCUGGAGGAGCUCAGCCUAGGGCCCCGGGAUGCCAGCACACUCUGUCGCUUGGACGUCGCCCAAGCCAACUUCCAGGCCCAUCGCACCAAGUACGAGAAGCUGCGGGCGGACGUGGCCGUCAAGCUGAAGUUCCUGGAAGAGAACAAGGUGAAGGUGAUGCACAAGCAGCUCCUGCUCUUCCACAACGCCAUCUCGGCUUACUUCGCUGGCAACCAGCAGCAGCUGGAGCAGACCUUGAAACAGUUUAACAUCAAGCUCAAGAGCCCCGGGGCCGACAAGCCCUCCUGGCUGGAGGAGCAGUGAGCAGGGGUCAUCCCCUCCCCCGCCGUGCUCCUCCCGCCCUUCAUGGACUUGGACUUGGAGGGAGGGCCCUGCCGUGGGGCCCUCUCCUCUCUCGUGCCCUUCGGGGGCUGGGUUAAGUCCCUUCCCAUUUCGGAGGGAAGGGAAAGAGCUGGGGCAGCCGAGCCCACCUCCCCGUCCCUCCGCAAUGCCAGGAAGUUACAAGCACUUUCUUACUCUGAGGGUGGGGAGAAGGGUGCCUCCGUCUUCCCCCAAUAAAAGGUCUCUGCUGGGAGUCAGGCCCAAUCUGAUCCCAGCCGCUCUCUCCGUCUCCUGGCUGGCCAUCACCGGCCUUGGGCCUCCAUCCCUCGGCCUGUUCUCCCUGGGGAACGUUCUCUUGAUCCUGCCCCACACCUUCAAGGAAGGCAGCUAUGGGUUGGUGGUGUUGGACCUACGGGGGCUGCUCUGGGGGUGAAGAGCCCAAGAUGAGAUUGGCCCCCUGUUUUGGGGGCCAGGGACCAAACACUUCCUGGCUCCAGCCUCUGGGGACGGUGCGUGCGUGUGUGUGUGGUGUGUGCAUUCAUCAUGGCCAGUGUCCCAUAUUGUGUUCCCGGUGGGGGCUGCGGGUUGCAAACUCCGGCCUUCCACUUAGCCGGCCCAACCGACACUCCGGCCCCCACGUCUGUAAAGAUUCCCCAAUAAACGGUACCAAAUGGC